AUGGCACCCAUCAAAGUCUGCGUCCUCGGCGUUGGCCUUGCAGGCCUUGCAUUCCACAUCCCCUUCAUCCUGGCCCUCCCUGAUCUCUUCACCCUCUAUGCAGUUCUUGAGCGCAAUCCCUCUGCCGAGGGCGGUAAGGUAAAGCAACGCUUUGGUGUUUCUCCAAAAAUACACCGCACCAUCGACGAUGUCCUCGCCGAUUCCGACAUCGAGCUUAUUAUCGUCGGCACCCCCAACGAGACACACUUUCCCUAUGCAAAGGCUGCUCUCAAUGCUGGGAAGCAUGUCCUCGUCGACAAGCCCGUGACGCCGAGCUCUGCCGAGGCUCAUGAGCUCGCAACUCUUGCGAAGUCGAAGAAUCUUGUUCUCUAUCCCUUCCAGAAUCGCCGCUGGGACUCUGACUUCCUCGCCCUCCGCCGUCUCCUCGCGCUUCCCGCCUCGGAUCCCAAAUCUCUAGGCGAUCUGAUCGAAUUUGAGUCCCACUUUGAUCGCUACCGGAUGGCGCUCAAGGGCACAUGGAAGGAUGAGCCCAAGCCCGCCGCUGGUCAAACCUACGACCUCGGUACACACCUCAUCGACCAGGCCCUCACCCUCUUCGGCAAGCCAAAGUCCGUCACCGCAUUCAUUGAAAAUGUCCGCGGCGUCGGCAGCCCCGAAGUGGAUGACAGUUUCACCAUCUUCCUGCGCUACCCUGCGGGCACAGUAUCGCCGCACCCGUUCACCGCGAUCCUCCGUGCCCACAUUCUCUCCGUUCGUUCUCCUCAGCCCCGGUACCACGUGCGUGGUACCAAGGGUAGCUUCGAGAAAUACGGUGUCGAUGUACAGGAGGAUCAGCUCAAGGCAAUGCCAACGCCCCAGGCUAUUCACGAAUCCGAAUAUGGCCGCGAACCUGAGGAGAUCUGGGGGACGCUGUAUAACCUCGGGGCCAGCGGAAAAGUCGAACAGUCUGUCUGGCCGACGUCCGAGCCGGGUUCCUACGUCGGUUUGUUUCGCAACCUCGCAGCUGCUAUUCGCGAAGGCGCAGAGCAGGCUGUGAAAAUCGAAGAAUCUGCGCUAGGCCUCGAGAUCAUCGAGUUGGCCAAGAAAAGCUCCAAGGAAGGCAGGACCAUCGAGGUCCCAGCAUGAAAAGCCCGCCGUCUAUUGAAAUCAAAAAAAGCAAUUUCGAGAAGUCAUAUGCAGAGAUGCUAGAGUAUACUUAUAACACCUAUGCUGUAUCACUGGAAGCCGCUAUCUAUUUCAUAUGGUUGGAUUUCAGAAUCUGGCCGCGUUCAUCAAC